AUGGGACAGCAAGGCAGCGUCAGCGAACCGGCCCCAUCCGUUGCGGAUGUGUGUGGUGCGCUGGAAGCCGGCGAGCAAAUGAACAAGUCCGGAAGCUUGGAUUCGGAGCAGCUCAAGAUUCCGGACAAGUUCCAGCGACUGGCGCUACUCGGUCAUCUGGAGGUGGAUGCCGAAAUCGCUCGUGGUGUUUCAUUGAAAGAGUCCCUGCGGCGGGGUGGGCAGCUAUAUCUGACCUGCCCGGCGAAGUUGGAUGAAAGGUCUCGUGCAGCACUAUGGAAUCGGUCCCGGCCCGUGGAGGGUUUCGACCUCUUCCUUUCACACACGUGGAUGACCGCAGGCAAGUGGAAGCUCUUGUCGCUCCUGCUGCAGUUUGGCUCGCACAAGGUACUCUUCGUCUGGGUGCUCGGGGUAGGUGCUACAGCCGUGCUCACUGUACUUAGAGUUCUGCCAUCUCCCUGGACGCUCCACGUUCACCUUCUAGACUGCCACCUUUCCAGCGCUGUUGGUCCGUGGAUUCUUCUUGCCAGUCUUCUUACAACUGUCUUCGGGCUGCUUGCUGCUCCCUACUUUCCGAGCAUACGUCGUCGGUCGGAUGUUUGCUUCGUGGAUGUGGCCAGCAUACACCAGGCAGAUACGGAUCUCAUGGAGAGGGGUAUAUACGGCAUAGGUGGGUUCAUCAGCAUAUCCUCGGAGCUGCGAGUGCUAUGGUCAGCUCCCUACUUGUCAAGAUUGUGGUGUGUUUUUGAACUGGCAGCAUUUCGGACGGCCAACCCCAGCGGCAAGAUUACUCUGUCUCCGCUCUUCGUGGAGAUGAUCGUCGUGAUGAUUUUGCUUAUGCAGUAUUUCCAUAGCAGCUUCCUGUGGGCCCACUGGGCUUGGCGUGGUGACGACGAGUACCGGCACCUGUCGCACAUGAUAGGCGUUUUGCCAUGCUUCUUCAUGAUGCACAUGCUGCGCAAAGCCCACCUGCUCAAGCAUGAGCUGUUCUCCAAGUUGGAAAACUUCGACAUCAGCGAAGCGGAAUGCAGCUCUGAUUUCGACAAGAGCUUUAUCCGCGCCGCAAUUGUCCGGUGGUACGGCAGCGAGGAAGCGUUUACCGAGUUCGUGCGGGGCCCACUGCGUGAGGAUCUCCUGAACAAGACUCAAUGCUGUACAUUCCUGGACUACGAGCUGCUACUGCUGACGCCUGCAGCUGCCUCCGGGCUGACAGGCCUUUGUGCUGCCGCGCGGGCAGGUCCACCGGUGCAGACCCUUGCAGCCGUGGCGAUCGGCAGCACCCUAGGUCUCAGCAUCGUUUGGGUAAGGUUCUGCCUUCAACUGGGCCUUUUCCUUUGCGACCGCUUCGCGAGACCCCGCUGGCACGGCAUCGUCGAUUAUUUCCAGACGCUCCUACUGUUUUUGGUGUUUGCUGCCGUUUUCUUCACGGGCUCGGCACUGUCCAUCGCUGCACACACGUCGAGCCUUGAAGCUUCUGUCGCCUUUCUGUGCUUUGGUCUUCUGUGCUGCAGUGUCUCCGAGAGGCUGACGUCAAUGAGCUGGCGACUGUGGAGUCAGUAG